AUGGCACAAAACCAUCUGAUGGCCUCACGUUGCAUGAUUAUAUUACUCAUCAUGAUGAGCUUACUACUCUCAAUGGUAUGCCAAUCCAAGCCUUUGACCGAUUCACUAUACCACAAGCUCCUUUCUCUCCCCAUAGCCGACAUCCUCCACGUUGACUCUGAAUCCACUCACGCAGCCUCCGUUGACUUCGGCCUCAUCGUCCGAGAAAUUCCAGCAGCCGUCCUUCGCCCAUCUUGCCCCAAGGACAUUGUGACUCUCGUGGCAUUCGCAUACAAUGAAUCCUCUCUUCCUUUCACUAUCUCAGCCAGAGGAUGCAGCCACUCUAUCCAGGGACAAGCUAUGGCUCCUGAUGGGGUCGUUGUGGACAUGAUGUCUCUUGGAAACAAGCGGCGUGGGACCACCGUGUUGUGGAGCUGGUCGCUCGGUCACUAUGCUGAUGUCGGCGGCCAGCAACUUUGGAUCGAUGUGUUGGAGGAGACGCUGAAACACGGUGUUGCACCGGUAUCGUGGACAGAUUAUCUGUACCUAACUGUGGGCGGUACGCUCUCUAAUGCUGGCAUUAGCGGGGAAACGUUUCGAUAUGGUCCUCAGAUCAGCAAUGUCUACGAAAUGGAUGUUAUUACUGGAACUGGGGACUUUUUGACUUGCUCCCCUGACAAAAAUCCGGAGUUAUUUUAUUCUGUCCUGGGCGGUCUCGGUCAAUUUGGCAUAAUAACCAGAGCAAGGAUUGCUCUGGGUCAAGCUCCAAAGAGAGUUAAGUGGGUGAGAAUGCUAUAUAGUGAUUUUUCAGAUUUUACAAUAGACCAAGAAAGUUUGAUUUCACACCAUGGAAGAGACCAAGAUGAAGCAUUGGAUUAUGUAGAAGGUUCGCUUCUCAUGCACCGAAAUUCAGACAGUUGGACAUCUUUCUUUUCCCUCUCGGACCGCCAGCGGUUGAUGUCCCUCGUGACCGAGCAUGAGCUCCUGUACUGUAUCGAAGUAGCCAAGUUCUACGAUGGACGCACCCAAACUACAGUGGACAAGGCCCUGGAGAUAAUAUUGAAAGAUUUGAGCCAUGUCCCCGAGUUCAUGUUCGAGAAAGAUGUUGCCUAUGUAGAUUUCUUGAAUAGAGUACGAGUUGAAGAGCUGAAGCUCCGACGACAGGGGCUUUGGAACGUUCCCCACCCGUGGCUUAACCUAUUUGUGCCCAAAUCUCGCAUCGCUGAUUUCAACACGGGUGUUUUCAACAACAUUGUUCUUAAAAAGAACAUAACAACCGGACUUGUCCUCAUUUACCCUAUGAACAAUGACAAAUGGGAUGAUAGGAUGUCUGCUGUUAUACCGGAUGAAGAUGUCUUUUAUACGGUUGGAUUCCUGCAUUCAAGUGGGUUUGAAGACUGGCAAGAGUUCGACCUUCAAAAUAAGGAGGUGCUCCUUUUCUGUGAAAAUAAUGGUAUUAAGGUCAAGCAAUACCUUCCAAAUUACAACACCGAAAGAGAGUGGAUGGAACAUUUUGGUUCGAAAUGGAGGACUUUUCAAGAGAGCAAAGCUCAGUUCGAUCCAAAAAUGUUGUUGUCUCCUGGACAGAGGAUCUUCAACCACAACUAA